AGGAACUGCAUCACCUAUUGCCAAAUGAAGUCAAGAAUAAAGCCUUGAAAGGAAACUUCAGGAAUCAAGGCAGACCCAAAAGGCAGAAAGGCAGCCAUAUAGCUGAGAAGAGGGAUCAAUCUAUUCUUUGUCAGGAGGAGGAUUUCCGUGAAGUAAUCCACAUGAUGGAAGAAAAAUACAAAUGUUUGGAGUGUGAAAUGAACUUCUCGAAUCAAACCCAAUAUAAUAAGCAUUUACAAAUGCACAGUGGAAAAAAGACCCAUCAAUGCCUGGAUUGUGGAAAGCGCUUCUUUUGCAGAGCAGAGCUCCUUAAACAUCAACAACCAUGUGUAGGAGAGAAAUGUUAUAGCUGCCCAAGCCAUGGUAAGAGUUUCUCACAGAAAUCAGACCUUAUUAAACAACAAAGCAUUAAUUCAGGAGAGAAACCCUUUAUCUGUUCAGAGAGUGGAAUGACAGUCUCUGAUGGAAAACAGGGAAGUCUGCGUUUCCCAAGGAACAUUAUAACAAAAGCAUGUAAAUGUUUUCAGUGUGGAAGGUACUUUAAAUGCAAAUCACAGCUCCUUGAGCAUCAUAGAAUCCACACAAGGGAAAAACCUUUUGAAUGCUCAGACUGUGGAAAGAAAUUCAGUGGGGCUGGUGGUCUUCAACAACAUAAAAGAAUCCACAGUGGUGAGAAACCUUUUGAGUGCUCAGCGUGUGGAAAGAGAUUCAGUCAGAGUGGCAAACUUCAACUGCAUCAAAGAAUCCACACAGGGGAGAAACCUUUUGAGUGCUCAGAGUGUGGAAAGAAAUUCAGUGGGGCCGGUGGUCUCCAACAACAUCAAAGAAUCCACAGAGGUGAGAAACCUUUCGAAUGUUCAGAGUGUGGAAAGAGAUUCAGUCAGAAUGGCAAACUUCAACUGCACCAAAGAACUCACACAGGGGAGAAACCUUUUGAAUGUUCAGAGUGUGGAAAGGGAUUCAGUGACACGUGUAGUCUUCGAAAGCACCUACGAGUCCACACAGGGGAGAAACCUUUUGAGUGCUCAGAGUGUGGAAAGAGAUUUAGUCUGAGUGGCAGUCUCCUACUGCAUCAAAGAAUCCACACAGGAGAGAAACCUUUUGAAUGCUCAGAGUGUGGAAAGCGAUUUUGUUAUAGUAGCAAUUUUCAUCGGCAUCUAAGAACCCACACAAAGGAGAAACCUUUUGAAUGUUCAGAGUGUGGAAAGGGAUUCAGUCAAAGUGGUGAUCUCCUACUUCAUCAAAGAACCCACACUGGGGAGAAACCUUUUGAAUGUUCAGAGUGUGAAAAGAAAUUCAAUCAGAGAAGCCAUCUUCAAGAACAUCAAAGAACCCACACAGGAGCGAAACCUUUUGAGUGCUCAGAGUGUGGAAAGAAAUUCAGUAAGAGUAACAAUCUUCUACAGCAUCAAAGAACCCACACUGGAGAGAAACCUUUUGAGUGCUCAGAGUGUGGAAAGAAAUUCAGUAAGAGUAACAAUCUUCUACAGCAUCAAAGAACUCACACUGGAGAGAAACCUUUUGAGUGCUCAGAGUGUGGGAAAAGGUUCAGUGACACAUGUAGCCUUCGAAAGCAUGUACGAGUCCACACAGGGGAAAAACCCUUUGAAUGCUCAGAGUGUGGAAAGAAAUUGUGUAACAGUAGCAAUUUUCGACGGCAUCUAAGAACCCACACAAAAGAGAAACCUUUUGAAUGCUCAGAGUGCGGAAAGAGAUUCAGUCAGAGUGGCGAUCUCCUACUGCAUCAAAGAACCCACACAGGGGAAAAACCCUUUGAAUGCUCAGAGUGUGGAAAGAGAUUCAGCAAGAGUGGUAGUCUCAUACUACAUCAAAGAACUCACACAGGAGAGAAACCCUUUGAAUGUUCAGAAUGUGGAAAGAAAUUCAGUCAAAGCAGUCAUCUUCACAACCAUUUAAGAACCCACAGAGGUGAGAAACCUUUUGAAUGCUCAGAGUGUGGAAAGAGAUUCAGUCAGAGUGGCCAUCUUCAGCGUCAUCAAGGAACGCACAGAGGUGAGAUAUCUUUUGAAUGCUCAAAGUGUGAAAAGAAAUUCAGUAAGCUUCGCAGUCUUCAUCAACAUCAAAGAGCCCACACUAGAGAAACAUUUUGA